UAAGAAUAUUGCGCGACCAGUUCCACAGAUCCGGGGGCAAUAAGAAGUAAUUUCCAGUCAAGAUAAUAUGACACAGCGGCUCCGGCUUCCAAAAUGAUUCCAUUUACUGAAUUCAAAUAACGCGAGAUAACAAUUAAAUCGCCAAUAAAAAAACAAAUUAAGAACGAGAGGAAACGCAAAAAGGACGAGAAGAGAGCGAUAAAAAGAGUUGGAGAACGCGAUCAAUAUCGGCGCCGAGCGUCCCGGCGCCUGACACAUCUUUCCGGAUCUAUUUCGACAUCGUCGGUGGUAGUUCUAAAUAAUUUUUUCUUCUUCAGUGCAACUCUAUUUCAGUUGUCGAUGUUCAAUCGCCAAUAAUGCCUUUGGGGUCCGCGAAGACCUUGAUGGUAGAGUUUAGUGUAGAGAAUGCACAAGAUAACCAAGGGUCUUAAGAAGAAGAAAAAAGGAAAAAAAUCAAAGCACAAAGAGGAGGAACUUUUUAAACCGGAAGAAUUAGAAGCCUACAGGCGUGAACACAACCAGCAACACCAAGGAUCAGAAGAAACCGGAAAUAAUACACAGCAAAGUACCGAAAAUGAAGAAUGGAAAAAAUUUAAUGCACUCACUUCUGGUAUUGAUGAUAUUUUAAAGAAAACUCAAGGUGAUCUCGAUCGUAUAAAAAGUACUUCUUUCUUCCAACGAGUUCCGGUACAAAGUGAACUCAAAAAGAAAGAACUUGAAGAGAAGCAAGAAGUUGAAGAAGCCAAGCGACAAAUCGAAGCGGAAGCGGCAUCAAUAACAGCAAUUUCAGCUGUUGAAGCGGCAAUCGUUCAAGUUUCAGAAUCAGAAAGCGAAGACGAUGAUGAAGAUGACAUCUUUGAUACGGCUUACAUUGAUGCUGUUGCAUCUGGAGAAAUAAAGUUAGCUUAUAUUCCAGAAUCUCCAACUGAAGAACCUGAAGGUGACGAUCCUUUCGACACUCGUAUAGCGGAAAGGGCAAUCUUAGGACCAGAAACGGUACGAAAAGGAACAAAAUUAGUACCAAUUGGAGCUGCUGUUGAAAUUUUAACCGGCCGAGUACAAGCACCGACAUGCGUUAAAAGACCGGAAGUUUCAAGAAGAGAGAUAUUUAAAGAAAAAGAUUUGCUGUUGGGAAGCUUUGACGAAGACAAAUUUCCAAAAUCUGUUGAAAAAAAUACAACAAACGAACAUAAACCAGACAUCUUAACAACUUUACUUGACGAAGAUGCACCGCCAAUUAACGAACCGAUUGAUUUGAGUAAAAGUUUACACUUAUUACAAGAAAACACUUUGAAGCAGGAAGUUGAUAAUGAUGAUGACGACGAAUUUGCUCAAUUAGCAGCAGAAAGUUUAUCAAAACCUGUUGUUAAUAUUAAUAAUCAAGAUUUUAUUUCUAAGAUUGAAGAGAGCGAAGUUGAGUUUCAAGUUGAGUUUCAAACUUUCGAAGGUAAUCAAAUUCAAGAAGAUGAAUUAGAACAGUUCGAAGAAGAUCCUUUUGAUACAACAUUUGCUGAGAAUAUUUUACCCGGAAAAGCUGAGUUAAAAAUAAUUGAAAAUCAAAUUUUAAAUACACCAAGCGAAAAUUUUACCCCGAAACCAAACCAACUCCUUCAAGAAAUCCAACAAAAAGUUAAGAUUCAUUUGACGAAUCCUGCCGGUCAACGAGAAUCGAUUUCUUCAUUGGAUAGAGUUUCAGAAUCUGAUCUUUUUCCGAUAAAACCGAUCCAUAGAGAUUUACUGGGCGGAAGUAACACAGAUCUUUCACAAGUAGGAGACGUUCCUCUUGAACCGAGUGAAUCCAUCGAUGAAAAUUAUAUUGAAUACUCAGAUCCUUUUGAUACAUCAGUUGUUGAUACCAUAAAACCAGGUCAAACUGAAUUAAAAUUUUUAGAACGAGAAUUACUGGGAGAUAUUAACAUAAAAAAGCAAGAAGAAGAUGAUGAUGAUUUUAAUCCGCGCGCUGAAGAAGAACCUGAUCAAAUCUUGUCUCAAUCAAGAAAAGUUUCUUUCGAUUUACCAUUAGAAAUCCACGAAGAUGAUGGUAAAUCAGUAAAACCAUUAACCCCAUAUUACGUCAGGGAAAAUUCAAUUCCAGAAAUUGAAGAAGUAGAAGUUGAUCCUUUUGAUACUUCGUUCGUUUCGGAUAUUGGAAUAGGAAAAGUUGAAUUAAAAUUGAUCGAAAACGAACUUUUUCAAGAAAAUACCGUUCAAGAUCAAAGUUUUAAUCCUCGCGACGAAAAGGUUCAUAAAGUUGUUGAAACUAUUCGACAAAUAUCUGAUCCAAAUUUUAGUAAAGUACAAGAAAAAAUCGAAUCAAAACAAGUUGUUGAUUUAUUGGAAAUCAAAGAAACCGAAGAAGUUAAAGAGAAAGUACUAACUCCAUCCGCUGAGUCGUCUUCUUUUGAUCUUGAAUAUUCCGAUCCUUUUGAUACAUCGAUUGCGAGUAACAUACUUCCGGGGAAGACUGAGUUAAAAUUAAUAGAAAAAGAACUUUUUAAUACGUGAAAAUCAAAAUGGAUAUAAAAGGGGCCAAUCCGUUUCUUUUUACUGAGGAGGAAACAUCACCAAACUCAUCAAAUAGUAAUCCUUUUCUAGUUAACGACGACUCUGAGGAAUUUGGAAGCGAAAAUCC